AUGGCUUCGUUUAACGAGCGCGCUCAGGCGAGCAUGCCAGAGAAGACCGCCGGUGACCUCGUUGACGAGGAUGCUCGCGAUGUCGAUGACGACGACGAGUAUACUCCCGCCGAGCAACGCAAGAUCAUACACAAGGUCGACCGUCGCCUGCUCCCUGUCUUGGGUCUCAUGCAGGCUGUGUCAUUUCUCGACCGAGCAAACAUGUCAAACGCUUCUGUCGCUGGCAUGACUAAGGAGCUUGGCUUGGGAAUUGGGCAUCGCUAUUCAAUUGUCCUCCUGGUGUUCUUCGCCCCAUACGUCUUGCUGCAGUUUCCGGCUUCGAUCCUCGUGCGCCGUGUUGGCCCGAGGCUGUUCCUUUCUUCGAUCGUACUGGCAUGGGGCAUCGUCAUGAUGUGCUUCGGUUUUGUCCAGAACUGGAAGUCACUUAUUCCGGUGCGCAUGCUGCUGGGAGCCUUCGAGGCCGGGUGUUUUCCUGGUCAAUACUAUCUGAUCUCGUCGUGGUAUACCCGAUACGAUCUGUACAAGCGCAUUUCGAUAUUCUACCUCAUAGGAGUGCUUGGGUCUGCGCUGGGCGGCGUGCUUGGGCUCGGCUUCUCACAGAUGAGUGGACUGGCCGGUUACCUUGGCUGGAGGUGGCUGUUUAUUAUGGAGGGUCUACUGACCUGUCUCAUCGGAGCCCUCGGCUAUAUAUUCACUGUAGACUUUCCGGGCACAGCUCAUAAGGCCUGGGGCUUUCUUACGGAAAGGGAAGCUGCUUGCAUCGUUCGGCGUAUCAACCGCGACCGUCAAGACGCCGACCCGGAGCGUUUCAGCCUCCGAAACUUUCUCGCACCGGCUGGAGAUUUCAAGAUCUGGCUAUUCGCAUUAAUGUUCUUGUGCUCAACAAUGCAGGCUUACGCAGUAGGCAACUUCCUCCCACUAAUCCUGAUGGGCGAGAUGGGGUUCAGCCAGACCAAAACACAAGGCCUGACGACGCCUCCCUAUCUCGCUGCCAUGGUCCUCAUGUACGUUGAGGGUUGGCUCAGCGACAAGUUCCGCCUCCGAGCGCCAGUGAUGUACUUCAACGCGCUGCUCUGCAUCAUGGGUCUCUGCUUGAUGUCUUGGGGACCGACGGCUGGUGUUCAGUACUUUGGCGCAAUCUGUUUGACCGCAGGCUGCAGCGCUAUCAUUCCGACACUCAUGGUCUAUCAAUCCAACAAUAUCCGUGGAACCUGGCAGAGAGCUUUCAGCAGUGCGAGUCUUAUCUCCUUCGGUGGCACUGGCGGUAUCGUGGGCUCGCUCGUGUUCCGCUCACACGCCAACGCUAUCAUCCUCAUACUUGCCACAGCUCUAACGGUCUAUUUUAUAGCACAGAACAGGCGAGCUGAGGCUGGAUUGGUCGUUCUGGAAGACCUACCUGGCUUCCGAUAUGCCCUCUAG